UUUUUGCCUUUUGCAAUUCUUCUCUCUCUGCAUCCAUGGGAGGGAUCUCGGGCUUUCUUAUGAAGUUUCCCCCUUUGCCCCACUCUUUGCUGUCUCUCCUCGAAAGAACCGCUUUCAAAUUGCCUGUGCCGAUUGAGAAAUUGGUUCAUCGUGUUUCUUAUUCUCGCACUGGCAGGCACUUGCAGCGCUAUAAUAACAGAGGCUUUCGAUUAGUUGUUGGCUGCAUUCCGUACAGAUAUAAGACACCAGAAGAAGCGAAUUCGAUUGAUGAAGCCAUUGAAGUUCUUGUAAUUAAUGCACAAAAUGGUGAAGGACUGUUGUUCCCCAAGGGAGGUUGGGAGAAGGAUGAAUCCAUGGAAGAAGCAGCCGUUAGAGAGACGAUCGAGGAAGCCGGUGUUAUCGGCGAGAUCGAAUGCAAAUUGGGUAAAUGGUCAUAUAAGAGCAAGAGACAAAGUAUAUUCCAUGAAGGCCACAUGUUUGCUUUGCUUGUCAAGCAAGAGUUAGACCAAUGGCCUGAGAAAAACAUCCGAAAACGCCAAUGGGUGACGGUGUCGAAAGCUAGAGAGGAAUGUCCGCAUCUGUGGAUGAAAGAAGCCUUGGAAGAGUUGGUUUGCCGCCAAAUGCAAUGGCGGCGGAAGGAGGGAGUAAAUGAACCAGCUUGCAAGUAGCAAAAAAGAGAAGAGUGUAAAUGAGGAGACAUCAAAACAUUGGAGAAUAGGAAGGUGUUAGAAGUUUGUGAUCAAACAUUUAAUUUUUUGAUUCUUUUGAGAAGGUUUUGAUUCAUUCAUUUGGAUCAAAAUUUUGAAGAUUCAUUCUUUCAUUUCGGUAUAUUUCUGGUAUGAAUGCAUACAAACUUGGUUGCCA